AUGAAGAGGCCAAUUCAGGCUGUGAAGAUCCACAAUGGGUCAAUUGUCAACAACAUUGAUCUUGAAUUUGCAACAGCAUCCGCUCCUAAUAACACCCAAAUUGUGGACGUUUUGGUCAAAGCAGUUUCAAACAUCACAGUUUUUGUUAUUGACAAAGGUUCGAUUGUCGUGGAUGUCACAUAUCCUGAAAAUGCAAACGACUUCAAAGCAUCCAGUCAAGAUGAGACCAGCAUCACUCUGCAGUGGAAUAAAAUAAACAACAAUAUCAGCUUUGUUCUCCAGUUUAAUGGCACAGAGACAUCCAUCAGUGCACCAAAUGGAUAUGGACCAGUAAACCACACAGUGUCAUCUCUCAGUCCUGGAACCAAAUACACAUUCACUCUCUUCUCUGUGUUUAACAAUAUUAGGAGCAGUGGAGUACAGCUUGCAGCUGCCACUGCUCCUAAAAAUGCAGACGGCUUCAGAGCAUCCAAUCAAAGUGAGACCAGCAUCACUCUGCAAUGGAAUAAAAUAAACAACAAUAUCAGCUUUGUUCUCCAGUUUAAUGGCACAGAGACAUCCAUCAGUGCACCAGAUGGAUAUGGACCAGUAAACCACACAGUGUCAUCUCUCAAUCCUGGAACCAAUUACACAUUCACUCUCUUCUCUGUGUUUAACAAUAUCAGGAGCAGUGGAGUACAGCUUACAGCUGCCACUGCUCCUAAAAAUGCAGACGGCUUCAGAGCAUCCAAUCAAAGUGAGACCAGCAUCACUCUGCAAUGGAAUAAAAUAAACAACAAUAUCAGCUUUGUUCUCCAGUUUAAUGGCACAGAGACAUCCAUCAGUGCACCAGAUGGAUAUGGACCAGUAAACCACACAGUGUCAUCUCUCAAUCCUGGAACCAAUUACACAUUCACUCUCUUCUCUGUGUUUAACAAUAUCAGGAGCAGUGGAGUACAGCUUACAGCUGCCAAUGCUCCUAAAAAUGCAGACGGCUUCAGAGCAUCCAAUCAAAGUGAGACCAGCAUCACUCUGCAAUGGAAUAAAAUAAACAACAAUAUCAGCUUUGUUCUCCAGUUUAAUGGCACAGAGACAUCCAUCAGUGCACCAGACGGAUAUGGACCAGUAAACCACACAGUGUCAUCUCUCAGUCCUGGAACCAAAUACACAUUCACUCUCUUCUCUGUGUUUAACAAUAUCAGGAGCAGUGGAGUACAGCUUACAGCUGCCACUGCUCCUAAAAAUGCAGACGGUUUCAGAGCAUCCAAUCAAAGUGAGACCAGCAUCACUCUGCAAUGGAAUAAAAUAAACAACAAUAUCAGCUUUGUUCUCCAGUUUAAUGGCACAGAGACAUCCAUCAGUGCACCAGACGGAUAUGGACCAGUAAACCACACAGUGUCAUCUCUCAGUCCUGGAACCAAUUACACAUUCACUCUCUUCUCUGUGUUUAACAAUAUCAGGAGCAGUGGAGUACAGCUUGCAGCUGCCACUGCUCCUAAAAAUGCAGACGGCUUCAGAGCAUCCAAUCAAAGUGAGACCAGCAUCACUCUGCAAUGGAAUAAAAUAAACAACAAUAUCAGCUUUGUUCUCCAGUUUAAUGGCACAGAGACAUCCAUCAGUGCACCAGAUGGAUAUGGACCAGUAAACCACACAGUGUCAUCUCUCAAUCCUGGAACCAAUUACACAUUCACUCUCUUCUCUGUGUUUAACAAUAUCAGGAGCAGUGGAGUACAGCUUACAGCUGCCACUGCUCCUAAAAAUGCAGACGGCUUCAGAGCAUCCAAUCAAAGUGAGACCAGCAUCACUCUGCAAUGGAAUAAAAUAAACAACAAUAUCAGCUUUGUUCUCCAGUUUAAUGGCACAGAGACAUCCAUCAGUGCACCAGACGGAUAUGGACCAGUAAACCACACAGUGUCAUCUCUCAGUCCUGGAACCAAAUACACAUUCACUCUCUUCUCUGUGUUUAACAAUAUCAGGAGCAGUGGAGUACAGCUUACAGCUGCCACUGCUCCUAAAAAUGCAGACGGUUUCAGAGCAUCCAAUCAAAGUGAGACCAGCAUCACUCUGCAAUGGAAUAAAAUAAACAACAAUAUCAGCUUUGUUCUCCAGUUUAAUGGCACAGAGACAUCCAUCAGUGCACCAGACGGAUAUGGACCAGUAAACCACACAGUGUCAUCUCUCAGUCCUGGAACCAAUUACACAUUCACUCUCUUCUCUGUGUUUAACAAUAUCAGGAGCAGUGGAGUACAGCUUGCAGCUGCCACUGCUCCUAAAAAUGCAGACGGCUUUGGAGCAUCCAGUCAAGAUGAGACCAGCAUCAUUCUGCAAUGGAAUAAAAUAAACAACAAUAUCAGCUUUGUUCUCCAGUUUAAUGGCACAGAGACAUCCAUCAGUGCACCAAAUGGAUAUGGACCAGUAAACCACACAGUGUCAUCUCUCAGUCCUGGAACCAAAUACACAUUCACUCUCUUCUCUGUGUUUAACAAUAUCAGGAGCAGUGGAGUACAGCUUACAGCUGCCACUGCUCCUGAAAAUGCAGACGGCUUCAGAGCAUCCAGUCAAGAUGAGACCAGCAUCACUCUGCAGUGGAAUAAAAUAAACAACAAUAUCAGCUUUGUUCUCCAGUUUAAUGGCACAGAGACAUCCAUCAGUGCACCAGACGGAUAUGGACCAGUAAACCACACAGUGUCAUCUCUCAGUCCUGGAACCAAAUACACAUUCACUCUCUUCUCUGUGUUUAACAAUAUCAGGAGCAGUGGAGUACAGCUUACAGCUGCCACUGCUCCUAAAAAUGCAGACGGCUUCAGAGCAUCCAAUCAAAGUGAGACCAGCAUCACUCUGCAAUGGAAUAAAAUAAACAACAAUAUCAGCUUUGUUCUCCAGUUUAAUGGCACAGAGACAUCCAUCAGUGCACCAGACGGAUAUGGACCAGUAAACCACACAGUGUCAUCUCUCAGUCCUAGAACCAAUUACACAUUCACUCUCUUCUCUGUGUUUGACAACAUAAGAAGUAGAGGAGUACAGCUUACAGCUGCCACUGCUCCUAAAAAUGCAAACGGCUUCAGAGCAUCCAGUCAAGAUGAGACCAGCAUCACUCUGCAGUGGAAUAAAAUAAACAACAAUAUCAGCUUUGUUCUCCAGUUUAAUGGCACAGAGACAUUCAUCAGUGCACCAGAUGGAGAUGGACCAGUGAACCACAUAGUGUCAUCUCUCAGUCCUGGAACCAAAUACACAUUCACUCUCUUCUCUGUGUUUAACAAUAUCAGGAGCAGUGGAGUCAGCAUUACAGCAGCUACAAUUCAGAUCAGGUUAGCUGGUGCUGGAUUACCACGAUGUUCUGGAAGAGUUGAAGUCUACCAAAACAGUACUUGGGGAACGGUCUGUGAUGAUAAUUGGGACUUAAACAAUGCCAAUGUGGUCUGUAGAGAGCUGGGCUGUGGAACAGCAGUGACUGCUACAAUUGGAUCCAUCUUUGGUCAAGGAACAGGACAGAUCUGGCUUAAUGAUGUUUCAUGUUCUGGCAAUGAAGCUUCACUUACACAGUGUCAGCACGGAGGAUUUGGGACACGCGACUGUGGACACUGUGAGGAUGCUGGUGUCGUCUGUUCAGAUCAGAUCAGGUUAGCUGGUGAUGGAUUUUCUCGAUGUUCUGGAAGAGUUGAAGUCUACCACAACAGAAUCUGGGGAACGGUCUGUGAUGAUGAUUGGGACUUGAGCGAUGCCAAUGUGGUCUGUAGAGAGUUGGACUGUGGAACAGCAGUGAAUGCUACAAUUGGAGCUUUCUUUGGUCAAGGAACAGGACAGAUCUGGUUUAAUGAUGUGUCAUGUUCUGGCUAUGAAACUUCACUUACACAGUGUCAGCACAGAAGAUUUGGGAGACACAACUGUGGACACAGUAAGGAUGCUGGUGUCAUCUGUUCAGAGCUUGAAAAUGCGGACGGCUUCAAAGCAUCCAGUCAAGAUGAGACCAGCAUCACUCUGCAAUGGAAUAAAAUAAACAACAAUAUCAGCUUUGUUCUCCAGUUUAAUUGCACAGAGACAUCCAUCAGUGCACCAGAUGGAGAUGGACCAGUAAACCACACAGUGUCAUCUCUCAGUCCUGGAACCAAAUACACAUUCACUCUCUUCUCUGUGUUUGAGAACAUAAGAAGUGGAGGAGUACAGCUUACAGCUGCCACUGCUCCUGAAAAUGCAAACGGCUUCAGAGCAUCCAGUCAAGAUGAGACCAGCAUCACUCUGCAAUGGAAUAAAAUAAACAACAAUAUCAGCUUUGUUCUCCAGUUUAAAGGCACAGAGACAUCUAUCAGUGCACCAGAUGGAGAUGGACCAGUGAACCACAUAGUGACAUCUCUCAGUCCUGGAACCAAUUACACAUUCACUCUCUUCUCUGUGUUUAACAAUAUCAGGAGCAGUGGAGUACAGCUUACAGCUGCCACUGCUCCUGAAAAUGCCAAAGGCUUCAGAGCAUCCAGUCAAGAUGAGACCAGCAUCACUCUGCAAUGGAAUAAAAUAAACAACAAUAUCAGCUUUGUUCUCCAGUUUAAUGGCACAGAGACAUUCAUCAGUGCACCAAAUGGAGAUGGACCAGUAAACCACAUAGUGUCAUCUCUCAGUCCUGGAACCAAAUACACAUUCACUCUCUUCUCUGUGUUUAACAAUAUCAGGAGCAGUGGAGUACAGCUUGCAGCUGCCACUGGCUCCAGAGCUACAUGUGGUCAAUCAUCCAGGGUUUGCAAAUGUACACUGGUGUCUGAUUCAUGUAAACAAACAUCGAGAUCUUCUCUACUCAAACAGCAAGACUUUACAAGAGUUGCAUCUUUCACAUCUGUUGACGACCCUUUAACAAGGGACUUACUGAACUCAUCUGUAACCUUCAGUAAUAUGUCUUCCCUGAUAAAGACACAGCUUGAACCAUUCUUCCAGAAAAAAUUUUCUUCUGUCUUCCUCUCCAUGGAGGUUUCUACAAUUAGUAAAAGCUCGCUUGUCCACACCAUGAACCUUAAGUUUAGAGGCAUGUCUGUUCCUGACGAUAAUGAGAUACGGGAUGUUUUGAUGGAGGCGGCUUCGUCUGUCGUCGACUUCAGCAUCGAAACGAAAUCGAUCAGCAUUCUUGGCAAAACUUGAAGUGUGGAAAGCCUGAAGAUCAGCCUCAAGUCACUACGGUUUAAACCAAAUGCACAAGUGCAUGUUAUUACAUAUUACUCCUUGUACAAAAGCUUAAUAUCUAUAAAAAAUAUAUAAUUAUUGUGCUGUAAUAAUUGGAUUAAGACAUGUAGCAAUUAUUUUAUUUGUUGCUGAGGGGAAG